AUGGCCCCGACUCUAGGCGCGCUCGCGUGCCGGCUGGCCCAGCGCGGCCACGCGCGCGCACCGGCCGCCCAGGGCCGCCCGCACAGCCUGCUAUCCAGCCCACGGGCCCGCAGAGCACCCGCGCCGGCCAAUAGGCGCGCGUCGCUCUGCCCGAAGGCCAUCGCGCAGGGCCGGGACGACGACGACUCGCAGCCGUUCCAGCCCUCGACCCCCCUCAAAUACAGGCGCGUGAUGCUCAAGGUCUCCGGCGAGGCCCUCCAGGGCUCCAAGGGCCACGGCGUCGACCCCGAGGUCCUCGGCGCCGUCGCCAAGGAGAUCUGCGCGGCCCACCUCGCGGGCGUGCAGGUCGCCGUCGUCGUCGGCGGCGGCAACUACUUCCGCGGAGCGUCGUCCGCCUGGGCCGGCCUCGACCGCGCCAGCGCCGACUACGUCGGCAUGCUCGCGACCGUCAUGAACGCCGUGUGCCUCCAGUCCGCGAUCGAGUCAAUGGGCGUGCCGUGCCGCGUCCAGACGGCGCUCGACAUCAAGGACGUGGCCGAACCUUAUAUUCGCCGGCGGGCCAUCCGCCACCUCGAGCGCGGCCGCGUCGUCAUCUUCGGCGCCGGCACGGGCAACCCCUUCUUCACCACGGACACGGCCGCGGCGCUGCGCGCGGCGGAGAUCAACGCCGAGGCCCUGCUCAAGGCUACCAAGGUGGACGGCGUGUACGACAAGGACCCGGUCGAGCACCCGGACGCGCGGCGGUACGAGCGGCUGCCGUACCGGACGGUGUCGCAGGAGAACAUCGGCGUCAUGGACGAGACGGCCGUGACGCUGUGCAAGGAGAACGGGAUCCCGGUGGUGGUGUUUGACUUGUACCGGGACGGGAACAUCACGAAGGCGUGCCGCGGGGGCACGGUGGGGACGACGGUGUCGGAUGAUCCGGAGGUGGUGAUGGUGGACGGGGAGGGGUCGCAGGGGGCGGGCGUGGGGGAGGGGUGCGGGGACGCGGGCGGGCGGGCGAACAGGCGGGCGUGA